AUGGCGAGCACUCAGCCUGCGGCGGGCGCCGGGGCUGCGCCCUCGUCUCACCCGUACACGUGCAACACCUGCCAGGUUGCGUACAGAAAUAUCGACCUCCAAAAAGCACAUAUGAAGAGUGACUGGCACCGAUAUAACCUUAAGCGCCGUGUCGCCACCCUACCACCCAUCUCUGCCGAAGUCUUCACGGAAAAAGUCCUUCAGGCGCGCGCCGUCAACACCGCUGAGACCGACAAGGCCUACUUCGAAAAAUCCUGCACCGCAUGCAACAAGACAUACUACAGCGAAAACGCCUACCAGAACCAUGUUCUGAGCCAGAAACAUAAGCAGAACGAGGCGGCUGCCGGACCCCGCAAUGAGGAGGAAACCAAGUCCGUGAUCAGCUCGACGUUCUCUCUCGGCGAGUCCGUCCCCGCUGCCAACAAUGGCGAAGUCGACUCGGACGCCGAGGAUGAGUUCAACCAGGUGAUCAAGGGCCUCCAAAAGGCCAAACUGUCCCAGCAACGCCCCUCGCCCGUGAAGCGCCCCCACAACCCUCGCCCGGCCGCCGACGCAGCGAGCGAGGAUGCUGACGAUGCUGCGACUGAGAAUGGAACCGCCACCGGCAACCCCCAGGAACCGGUAUGGACUCUCAAGUCUUGCCUUUUCUGCAACUACGAGUCGCCCAGCGUGCCGCUCAAUGCCCAGCACAUGGAAAAGUUCCACGGCAUGUUCAUCCCCGAAAAGCCCUAUCUGACAGACUUGGAUGGCCUGUUGCAGCAGCUUCAAUCCAAGAUCGGUCAGGGUCACGCCUGUCUGUUCUGCGACAAGAUCAAGAACUCGGUAUAUGCUGUACAAACCCAUAUGCGCGAUACAGGACACUGCAAGAUCCCCUACAGCACUGAGGAGGAGCAGCUUGACAUUGGUGACUUCUACGACUUCCGUUCGACUUACUCGGACCCGGAAGGCUCGGAUAGUGAUGAGGAGAUGGCUGAGGGCGACGCUGGUGGUGCCCGCGUAUACAAGGCCAAGGCCGACCGAGACGGAGAGAAGGAGGACGAGGAUGGCGACGGGUGGGAGACUGACAGCUCCGUAUCGUCACUUGAUUCGGAAGACCUCACAGCCGUACCGGCAGAGGGCCACUUCCACCAAUACGAUAGACUCAGCAAGCACCCGCACCAUGCGCACGAUGACCCGCGGCCCAGACACCAGGCUGAUGGCUGGCACUCGCGGGCGCACAAGCAUACGCAUGCCGUAUUUUAUGACGAUUAUGAGCUCCACCUGCCAUCUGGCAAGUCUGUCGGACACCGUUCGCUUAACAAGUACUUCCGCCAGAACCUGACCAACUACCCCACUGCCGAGGAGCGUACGGAGCGCCUGGCGAUUGAGGGCUCUGAGCGUCCCGGGUCUGACGACGAAGGCGACCGCCGCGUGGCCCGCCGGGACCGCAGCCGCGGCCGCGCGGUGGUGCCGAGAGGAGCUGCCGGUCUUAUGGGGGCGUCUGACGAUGCCAAGAAGGAAGUGCGCAAGGAUGAGAAGCGGGCGCGCAAGCUGGAGAACUUCCAAACAAAGAAGCGAAGCCUUAAGUACGGGGAGAACAACAACAACCAGAAACAUUAUUACUACCGCUACGAUGGCGGUGGUUAG